UAGUCCAACAUCAUCCUUAAUUUCUAAUUGUUGAUGAGCAUGUCAACAUUUCAUUUUUUUUAAUAUAUACUGUAGUUAAAAUUAAUUUAAAGUAUUUAAAAGUGACGCAAGCCCAUGAUUUGGCUCAUUAAUGCUAGCUUUGAUUUCCAAAAAAAGUCCAACAAGCUUGGCUAUACAGGGAUUUACCCUGCCCAAUAACAAACCGGGUCAAAAGAUCCGGAUCUCCCAAUUUGAAAUCGGGUUAAAAUUGAAUUUCACAGUCACAGAGCUCUGAUCAAAGCUCCCAUGGCGGAAAGUGCAAUAACAAUACCAUCCUCAAUAAAAUCAAAAAUUUAUUGAUUAUUAUUAUGUGCUUACAGUUUGAUGAGACGCUGAUCGAAUGAGCCGCUUCAAAUCCUUCGUGUUGCUGUUUCUCGCACUGUUUUCGACCACUGCAUCGAUAAAGGUAGAAGAGCUGAAUGAAGAGCUCACAGAGGCGUUGCUGCUGAGGCCUUUGCCCGAUCGAAAAGUUUUUGCUCAUUUCCACUUCCGAAGCAGUGCGCCGCCGUCUCAAAGAUAUGGACGCCACCACCACAUCUCCCCCAAAUCUAUUUACCAGCUGGUUCAUAAAUUCCAAGUUCGAGAGAUGGAGCUGUCCUUCACUCAAGGGCGUUGGAAUUACGAAAGAUGGGGAGGAAUUGACCCGAUUUCGAGCAGCAAUGCAAAGCCACCUGGAGUAGAACUAUGGGCUGAGUUUGAUGUUCCUCAUGAUCAAGUUGAUGAUUCCUGGAAGAAUCUAACGCAUGCUCUUUCGGGACUCUUCUGCGCGUCAAUCAAUUUCUUGGAGCGCUCGACUAGCUACUCUGCACCUCACUGGAGCUUUGGGUCGGCUUCAGGAAAAUUACGAUAUGGCACAUUGCCUCGUGAGGCUGUGUGCACAGAGAAUCUCACACCAUGGUUGAAGUUGCUUCCCUGCAGAGACAAAGCUGGGCUUUCUUCGUUGAUGGACCGGCCUUCAAUAUACCGGGGCUAUUAUCAUUCCCAGAGGGUGCAUUUGAAAUCAGAUGAAUCUGAUGCAUCUGAGACGAGUAUUGGGAUAGUGCUUGAACAAACCCUUACAAUUGUUCUUCGACCAGACACUUUUUCUGGAAAAGCACUGCAACCAAACUGGUCCUUGAGCUCGUUAUUUGGCAGGUCAGUUAGCGGAAAAUGCUCUCUUUCUAGCUCUAGUAAUGUGUAUGUGCAAUUGGAACAGAAUUUAGUGUCUUUGGGGGAUAAAUUAAGGGAAGGUAGUGAAGCUUCGGAGAAUGCUAUUUCUGUUGGUGAGGGCUUCCAAGAUAAUCCUCUAUUUGAAUUAUCACUACCUCCAAAAAGGGUUAUAAGAGAAUCCGGGAAUAUUCAUAAAGCAGGCUCUAUCCUUUAUGAAUUUUCAGUUGAGGAUUCCAAUGAAUUCAAGCCAUUUGAUUUGAGAUUGAACUGGAAGGUGCCGUUGGCCUGGUCAAGCCGGCAGGCACCCUUACAGGCUAGCCGUUUUUUAUUAGGAAGUGGGAAUGAAAGGGGAGCUAUCGCUAUCUCAAUGAAAUCUACCAGGAGCACCAACAAUGUAGAAAGAACUGGUGGUUAUGAUGAGAAUGAAUGUUUGCUCAGAGUGGGCAUAUUCCAAAUGGUACCUUGGUAUGUCAAGGUGUAUUAUCAUACUUUGAAAUUGUUUUUAGAUGGAGAACCUCAAUCGUCUACUGAAAACAUAGAGAAAAUACUUGUUUCGCCUUCUGAAGACAAAGUGUCCACUGGAGUGAUGGAAAUGAUCUUGAGAUUACCUUGUAGUGUUCGUACAGCGGCAUUGACUUUGGAGUUUGAUAAGGGGUUUCUUCAUAUUGAUGAAUAUCCUCCGGGUGCAAAUCAGGGCUUCGACAUUCCAUCAGCAGUGAUUCAAUUUACUGAUUUCGUAGCAAACAUGAGUUUUCAUGAAAAUUCCUUAGAACAAGUACCUAUAUUGUCCAAAGUUACAGGAAGAGGUUCCUGCUAUCUCGUACACAGAAGUACUCCUUGUGCCUUUGACAACUCCAGAUUUUAGCAUUCCUUACAAUGUGAUAACAAUCACCUGCACAGUUUUCGCUUUAUAGUUUGGACCCCUUCUGAAUGCACUAAGAAGACGUGUUAGUGAAGAAGAAAGGCUUCUAAGCGGAAAAGGUGCAAGAAAGGCAAGCCCGUUGACGCUGAUGAUAUCCAAACUCACUGCUAAGUUGCGAGGAAAGCCAUGGGAACCUCCGGAACCAUCAGACUUAGCUGGGAGGUCCUCCUCGAAGUAUAAGUUACUAGCAAAAGUCGCGUUGGUAGCCGGUGUAGCUGCUGCUUGGCAGUUGUAGCAUUUGGAGCAUCUCCCACUUAGUGUGAUCCUACUCAAGAAAAAAAGAAGGAAUUCCACAUAACUUAAUCUACAAGGAAUGAGAUGGAGAGUUCAUGUGAUUAAUUUGUGUUGUCACUGACCUUAAUAACAAUAUUUACGUUUAUAAGUUGUUAUUCUUAUACGAAACGAAAUAAGUAUUUCAACUUUA